AUGGUAGUCAUACAUGCACUAGAACUAGAAUUUCUCAAGAUCAUGCCAAGCAUGAUUGUAGAGGUGAUAAAGCCAUUGGUUGAAGCUGAUCCUUUGAAAGUGAAAUCUGUAAUUGCUGAAGUGCAGUCAAAAUUCAAUUAUACGACAAGUAACCGCAAAUCAUGGCUCGCGAAGCAAAAGGCAAUUGCAAACCUUUUUGGUGGUUGGGAAGCUUCUUAUGAAGCUUUGCCGUCGUGGUUUGAAGCAAUGGUACAAAAAGAUCCAUCAGCAGCAGUCGAGAUUGAAACUGCACCAGCAUACCAAGGGGAUGAGGUAGUCCAUGAUGUAAGGAUACUGACGCGGGUAUUUUGGAGCUUUUAUCCUUGCAUCAGAGCAUUUAGGAGCUGCAAGCCAAUCGUACAGGUGGAUGGGACACAUCUGUACGGGAAAUAUAAAGGAGCUCUACUAGUUGCAGUUUCUCAGGAUGGCAAUGGCAAUAUUGUGCCUCUUGCAUUUGCCGUUGUUAAGGGUGAGACUUCUGAUACAUGGCACUUCUUUCUUACUCAUUUACGCACACAUGUGGUGACUCGAGAUGGUGUUGGGCUUAUCUCUGAUCGUCACGAAUCUAUUACCUCAGCAAUAGCUCGUAGUAAUGGAUCAUGGGAACCUCCAAGAGCUAUCCGAAUGUUUUGUAUUAGGCACAGAGCAUCCAACUUUUUGAGGAAUUUCAAGGCACCGUAUUUACAAAAGCUGAUAGUCAAUAUGGGCUAUUGUAGGACUGUGCGUGAAUUUAAUGUGCAGUAUGCAAGAUUGCGUGAACGUGGUGAGGCUUACACGCGAUGA